AUGUACGUUCGCAUCAAGAGGCAAAGGCGAACAAUCUUCCUGAGUUGCGAGCCGUCAGACACAUUCUCAAAGCUCAAGGCAAAAGUUGCGAGCAUUUCAUCUACCGAGCCAGACAAGGUCCGGCUAUUAACUAUCGUUGAUCAGAUCAACUGCGAAGAUGCCAAGACAUUGAGAGACUUGAAGAUCGAAGACGGAGCGAUCCUAGCGUUGGUACUCCCCGAUUCCUCAAAGGAUGGGGGAUGGGAGAGUAUUGACAUUGUUGAACCGACACCUGAUGUACUGCAGGAAAGCGAUUCACUUGCUGAAACGAAAUGA